AGCGCUACGCCGCCGCCGAGAGGUCCGGGGGAAAAAGUUUCUUUGGAGGUGAACACUGGAGUCGCGGAACUCGGGGCGUCGCUUGGGGCCGGGGUGCGCGCGCAGGGUGUCCCCGGGCUGAGGUGGGACGAUUCUCCUGGGCCGGGGUUGCAAAGCGCGGACCCGGGCUCCGGGAGCUCCCGGCCGGCGGCGAUCUCCCCCAACAAAGGAUCCCUGGGGCGCCCGCCCUCGAGGGCCUCCCCGCCCCCGGAUCCGAUCGGCCCUUAACCCCGGCCGGGUCCCUGCAGAGGCGGCUCCCGGGCGGACGUCCCUCUCACCCACCGGGCCCCGCGUCUGAGUUCCUGGAGCGGCCAUGUCCCACGGCCCCAACAAGCAGCCCGGCUCGGCCGCCGCGCCGGCGGGUGGCAAGGCUCCGGGCCAGCAUGGGGGCUUCGUGGUGGCGGUCAAGCAAGAACGUGGCGAGGGCCCGCGUGCCGGCGGCGAGAAGGGACCCCACGAAGAGGAACCUGUGAAGAAGCGAGGCUGGCCCAAGGGCAAAAAGAGAAAGAAGAUUCUGCCAAAUGGGCCCAAGGCCCCUGUCACCGGCUAUGUGCGCUUCCUGAACGAGCGGCGGGAGCAAAUCCGCACCCGACACCCGGACUUGCCCUUCCCGGAGAUCACGAAGAUGCUGGGUGCUGAGUGGAGUAAGCUACAGCCUGCUGAGAAGCAGCGGUACCUGGAUGAAGCCGAGCGGGAGAAGCAGCAGUACAUCAAGGAGCUGCGUGCCUACCAGCAGUCAGAAGCUUACAAGAUGUGCGCGGAGAAGAUCCAUGAGAAGAAGGUCAAGAAAGAGGAUACGGGCUUGGGGCUAAUGAACACCCUCCUGAAUGGACACAAGGGUGGGGACUGUGACGGCUUCUCCACCUUCGAUGUCCCCAUCUUUACCGAAGAGUUCCUGGACCAAAAUAAAGCGCGCGAGGCGGAGCUGCGGCGCCUGCGGAAGAUGAACGUAGCCUUCGAGGAGCAGAACGCGGUGCUGCAGCGGCACACGCAGAGCAUGAGCAGCGCGCGGGAGCGUCUGGAGCAGGAGCUGGCGCUGGAGGAGCGGCGGACGCUGGCGCUGCAGCAGCAGCUCCAGGCCGUGCGCCAGGCGCUCACCGCCAGCUUCGCGUCGCUGCCGGUGCCGGGCACAGGCGAGACCCCCACCCUCAGCACCCUGGACUUCUACAUGGCCCGGCUCCACGGCGCCAUCGAGCGCGACCCUGCCCAGCAUGAGAAGCUCAUUGUCCGCAUCAAAGAGAUCCUGGCCCAGGUCGCCAGCCCCAUCCUGAAUUCCCAGCUGAGGUGGGAUCUGCCUCAGUCUCCCCAGGCUUUGCAGGGACCUUCUCACUGAGUCACCUCUCUCCUGCCACAGCGAACACCUCUGAAGUCAUCACUGCACAUGGCCACCCACCGUGGAGGGGCUGGGGUCACCCGAAAGUUCCUACAGCACUCUCCAGCCCUGACUCUUCCCAGCACCCUGACCCCUGUGUGACCUCCAGAACCCCCUGAGUGCUGGCCUGGGGACCCAGGUGGUCCUUAUUCCACACUACAGGCUGUGGGGGGUCGAGACACCAACCUCUCUGGAACCCACAGUGGCACCCAUGCCUGGUGUGUGGAAAGUGGGGGUACAUGUGCAUUGCUCCACUGGCUUGCUGGACUCCCCAUGGUGCUCAUGUGCCCCAGCUUGGCACUGGGGUCCCCCUGGGCCAGCAGCUGAGAGAUCCUGGUAGAGGGACCCCUUCACCUCUGCUCAAUUUGGACUUUUGAAAUAAAUUGUAAAGUUUCCAGUU